AUGGUGACUCUUGGAGUUUUCUCCACUGUUUUACCACCUUCACUUAUCAGACCCAAAUUGUCCAAACCCAUUUUCACUUUAUCAUUUAGUCCCACUUUAGCCAAGUCCAGAAAAUCAAACUUUAAGAGCUUAACUGCACUUUCACCAUCAGUUUCAACGACAUUCCCACCUGAAGAAGACACUGAAACCGUUGACCAAGAUGAGAAGUUUGACUGGUUUUCACAAUGGUAUGCACUUAUGCCAGUUUGUGAUCUUGACAAAAGAGCUCCACAUGGAAAAAAGGUGAUGGGUCUGGAUGUUGUGGUCUGGUGGGAUAAGAAUGAGGAUUCUUGGAAAGUGUUUGAUGAUAGAUGUCCGCAUAGAUUGGCUCCGCUUUCUGAAGGAAGGAUUGAUGAAUCGGGCAGGUUGCAGUGCGUGUAUCAUGGCUGGUGUUUUGGUGGCUCUGGUGACUGCAAACUCAUUCCUCAAGCCCUUCGUGAUGGUCCUCCGGUUCAUACGUUCCCAAAAUCAUGUGUAGCUGUUUAUCCAAGUACGGUGCAAAAUGGGAUUGUUUGGUUCUGGCCAAACUCUGACCCUGGGUUCAAAGAUAUCCUCACUAAGGAAAAACCUCCAUAUAUCUCUGAACUUGACGACCCAUCCUUUACUUAUCAAAUGUAUACUAGAGAUAUGCCAUAUGGGUAUGAAGUAUUAAUUGAAAAUCUUAUGGAUCCUGCUCAUAUUCCAUAUGCACAUUAUGGGAUAAUGCCUUCACCACCGUCAAGUGUUAAGCUUGAUCGGGAAGGGGGUAGACCUGUUGAGAUUAAAAUAAACAAAAUAGACAGAAAAGGUUUUACUUCAAACCCUCAAAACGGUCAAUGGAACUUUGUUUCUCCUUGCCUGUUUUAUGGUAGCUUGACUGCAUUUGAGGCAUUUACAGUUAAUCAGUCAGUUGCUUCAGCUAAAGACGCUAAGGAGCAAUUAGUACAAAAAACACCCAGUCAGCCACAUGUGUUCUUCAUUUGUAUGCCCGUGAGCCCGGGUAAUAGCAGAGUAAUAAUUAUAGCCCUUCAGAACUCCAGAACUUGGAUGGAUCGAAUUAUUUCUAGAUGGAGGAACCAUAUUGUACAAAAUUUGGUAAUGGACUCAGAUUUGUAUCUUCUUCAUAUUGAGGAAAAGAGAUUAAUGGAAGCGGGUGACUGGCAAAAAGCAUGUUUCGUGCCAACUAAAUCAGAUGCUAAUGUAAUUGCAUUCAGAAAGUGGCUAAAGAAAUAUGCAGGGGACCAAGUUGAUUGGGGAAACAAAUUUGAUAGAUCUCUUCCGCCCACCCCACCUAGAGAACAGCUCAUGGAUAGGUACUGGACGCAUGUCAUGAACUGCAGCAGCUGCACUGCUGCAUACAAAACCUUUAAUGCACUUGAGUUGUCUCUUCAGCUGUUUUCGGUUGCUUCAGUAGCAAUUGUCGCUGCAACAAAAGAAAGGAUGUUAUCAGGUGCGACAAGAAACAUGCUGGUGGUUUCUGCAGUUUUGUGCUUUCUGGGAUCAAAAUGGCUGUCUCAUUUCAUUCGCAAAAUCUUUCAUUACCAUGACUAUAACCAUGCUUCUCAAUGAGACUUAUUUGAAAGUUUGGGUUACUUAUAAGUUAUAACAUAUGAUAUUAUGUGUUUGUUAGAUUCCUAUAUUGUUACACUAGCUUUGUAUUUAACCAAUGUGACCAGGGGCUGCUGAACUCAGUAUGAGGCCUAAAGCGAGUUCUAUUAUGUGGCUUUUCCAAUAAAUAAAGUUUCUAUUGAUACUUUA